AUGUCUUCCACAUUAGCAUUUUUGCUUUUGGUGAUAUCAUCACAAGCCUCGGCUUUGCCAAGAUACAAUACUGGAACAAAACCAGUCUGCCAGAAUGAUGGAGCGCCUCCAAACUUCUACUUCAUCAUCAGCUUAGAAGAUUUCACCAAAUCGUCGACAUCACCGUUCUACAGACUAUUCGGUAAUUCGGGUUAUAUUGCUAAAAGUGGGAGCAACAGUAAUUCCCAGAGCAACGUAUAUGGUUCCGGCAAUGCUGACAGCCCCAAUAAUGAUAACUCAUAUGGUGACGCUGGCAAUUACGCGAAUAAUGAAGUAGAUGGAGGAUCUGCCAAUGGUUAUGGUAGUAUCAACUCAAACGGAUAUGCUUCAUCAGGACCCACGGGAUCCAAUUCAAAUAGUUCCAGCAAUAAUGCUUCAGGAAGCAGUGCUAAUGUUGGCAACAAUAGUGCAUCUGCCAAGGGCUAUGGUAGUGGCAACUCAAACGGUAAUGCUGCAUCAGGACCCACGGGAUCCACUACAAAUAGUUCUAGCAAUAAUUCUUCAGGAAGCAGUGCUAAUGUGGGCAACAAUGGUGCAUCUGCCAAUGGUUAUAGUAGUGGCAACUCAAACGGUUAUGCUUCAUCAGGACCCACGGGAUCCACUACAAAUACUUCCAGCAAUAAUUCUUCAGGAAGCAGUGCUAAUGUUGGCAAAAAUGGGGCAUCUGCCUCCGGUAAUAGCAGUGGCAACUCAAACGGAUAUGCUUCAUCAGGACCCACGGGAUCAAAUUCAAAUACAUCCAGCGGCAACUAUUCAGGAAGCAGCGCUAAUGUUGGCAAUAAUGGUGCAUCUGCCAAUGGUUAUGGUAGUGGCAACUCCAACGGUAAUGCUGCAUCAGGACCCACGGGAUCCACUACAAAUAGUUCCAGCAAUAAUGCUUCCGGAAGCAGCGCUAAUGUAGGCAACAAUAGUGCAUCUGCCAAUGGUUAUGGUAGUGGCAACUCAAACGGUUAUGCUUCAUCAGGACCCACGGGAUCCACUACAAAUAGUUCCAGCAAUAAUGCUUCAGGAAGCAGUGCUAAUGUUGGCAACAAUAGUGCAUCUGCCAAUGGCUAUGGUAGUGGCAACUCAAACGGUAAUGCUGCAUCAGGACCCACGGGAUCCACUACAAAUAGUUCUAGCAAUAAUUCUUCAGGAAGCAGUGCUAAUGUGGGCAACAAUGGUGCAUCUGCCAAUGGUUAUAGUAGUGGCAACUCAAACGGUUAUGCUUCAUCAGGACCCACGGGAUCCACUACAAAUACUUCCAGCAAUAAUUCUUCAGGAAGCAGUGCUAAUGUUGGCAAAAAUGGGGCAUUUGCCUCCGGUAAUAGCAGUGGCAACUCAAACGGAUACGCUUCAUCAGGACCCACGGGAUCCAAUUCAAAUACAUCCAGCGGCAACUAUUCAGGAAGCAGCGCUAAUGUUGGCAAUAAUGGUGCAUCUGCCAAUGGUUAUGGUAGUGGCAACUCAAACGGUAAUGCUGCAUCAGGACCCACGGGAUCCACUACAAAUACUUCCAGCAAUAAUUCUUCAGGAAGCAGUGCUAAUGUAGGCAACAAUAGUGCAUCUGCCAAUGGUUAUGGUAGUGGCAACUCAAACGGUUAUGCUUCAUCAGGACCCACGGGAUCCAUUACAAAUAGUUCCAGCAAUAAUGCUUCAGGAAGCAGUGCUAAUGUUGGCAACAAUAGUGCAUCUGCCAAUGGUUAUGGUAAAGGCAACUCCAACGGUAAUGCUGCAUCAGGACCCACGGGAUCCACUUCAAAUACUUCCAGCAAUAAUUCUUCAGGAAGCAGUGCUAAUGUUGGCAAAAAUGGGGCAUCUGCCUCCGGUAAUAGCAGUGGCAACUCAAACGGAUAUGCUUCAUCAGGACCCACGGGAUCAAAUUCAAAUACAUCCAGCGGCAACUAUUCAGGAAGCAGCGCUAAUGUUGGCAAUAAUGGUGCAUCUGCCAAUGGUUAUGGUAGUGGCAACUCCAACGGUAAUGCUGCAUCAGGACCCACGGGAUCCAAUGCAAAUAGUUCCAGCAAUAAUUCUUCAGGAAGCAGUGCUAAUGUUGGCAAUAAUGGUGCAUCUGCCAAUGGCUAUGGUAGUGGCAACUCAAACGGUAAUGCUGCAUCAGGACCCAAGGGAUCCACUACAAAUACUUCCAGCAAUAAUUCUUCAGGAAGCAGUGCUAAUGUGGGCAACAAUGGUGCAUCUGCCAAUGGUUAUAGUAGUGGCAACUCAAACGGAUAUGCUUCAUCAGGACCCACGGGAUACACUACAAAUACUUCCAGCAAUAAUUCUUCAGGAAGCAGUGCUAAUGUUGGCAAAAAUGGGGCAUCUGCCUCCGGUAAUAGCAGUGGCAACUCAAACGGAUAUGCUUCAUCAGGACCCACGGGAUCCAAUUCAAAUACAUCCAGCGGCAACUAUUCAGGAAGCAACGCUAAUGUUGGCAAAAAUGGGGCAUCCGCCUCCGGUAAUAGCAGUGGCAACUCAAACGGAUAUGCUUCAUCAGGACUCACGGGAUCCAAUUCAAAUACAUCCAGCAGCAACCAUUCAGGAAGCAACGCUAAUGUUGGCAAAAAUGGGGCAUCUGCCUCCGGUUAUAGCAGUGGCAACUCAAACGGAUAUGCUUCAUCAGGACCCACGGGAUCCACUACAAAUACUUCCAGCAAUAAUUCUUCAGGAAGCAGUGCUAAUGUUGGCAAAAAUGGGGCAUCUGCCUCCGGUAAUAGCAGUGGCAACUCAAAGGGAUAUGCUUCAUCAGGACCCACGGGAUCCAAUUCAUAUACUUCCAGCAAUAAUUCUUCAGGAAGCAGUGCUAAUGUUGGCAAAAAUGGAGCAUCUGCCUCCGGUAAUAGCAGUGGCAACUCAAACGGAUAUGCUUCAUCGGGACCCACGGGAUCCAAUUCAAAUACAUCCAGCGGCAACUAUUCAGGAAGCAGCGCUAAUGUUGGCAAUAAUGGUGCAUCUGCCAAUGUUUAUGGUAGUGGCAACUCAAACGGUAAUGCUGCAUCAGGACCCACGGGAUCCAAUUCAAAUACAUCCAGCGGCAACUAUUCAGGUAGCAACGCUAAUGUUGGUAACAAUGAAGCAUCUGCCAAUGGUUAUGGUAGUGGCAACUCAAACGGUAAUGCUGCAUCAGGACCCACGGGAUCCACUACAAAUAGUUCCAGCAAUAAUUCUUCAGGAAGCAGUGCUAAUGUUGGCAAUAAUGGUGCAUCUGCCAAUGGCUAUGGUAGUGGCAACUCAAACGGUAAUGCUGCAUCAGGACCCACGGGAUCCACUACAAAUACUUCCAGCAAUAAUUCUUCAGGAAGCAGUGCUAAUGUAGGCAACAAUAGUGCAUCUGCCAAUGGUUAUGGUAGUGGCAACUCAAACGAUUAUGCUUCAUCAGGACCCACGGGAUCCACUACAAAUAGUUCCAGCAAUAAUGCUUCAGGAAGCAGCGCUAAUGUUGGCAAUAAUGGUGCAUCUGCCAAUGGUUAUGGUAGUGGCAACUCAAACGGUAAUGCUGCAUCAGGACCCACGGGAUCCACUACAAAUAGUUCCAGCAAUAAUUCUUCAGGAAGCAGUGCUAAUGUUGGCAAUAAUGGUGCAUCUGCCAAUGGCUAUGGUAGUGGCAACUCAAACGGUAAUGCUGCAUCAGGACCCACGGGAUCCACUACAAAUACUUCGAGCAAUAAUUCUUCAGGAAGCAGUGCUAAUGUGGGCAACAAUGGUGCAUCUGCCAAUGGUUAUAGUAGUGGCAACUCAAACGGUUAUGCUUCAUCAGGACCCACGGGAUCCACUACAAAUACUUCCAGCAAUAAUUCUUCAGGAAGCAGUGCUAAUGUUGGCAAAAAUGGGGCAUCUGCCUCCGGUAAUAGCAGUGGCAACUCAAACGGAUAUGCUUCAUCAGGACCCACGGGAUCAAAUUCAAAUACAUCCAGCGGCAACUAUUCAGGAAGCAGCGCUAAUGUUGGCAAUAAUGGUGCAUCUGCCAAUGGCUAUGGUAGUGGCAACUCAAACGGUAAUGCUGCAUCAGGACCCACGGGAUCCACUACAAAUACUUCCAGCAAUAAUUCUUCAGGAAGCAGUGCUAAUGUGGGCAACAAUGGUGCAUCUGCCAAUGGUUAUAGUAGCGGCAACUCAAACGGAUAUGCUUCAUCAGGACCCACGGGAUCCACUUCAAAUACUUCCAGCAAUAAUUCUUCAGGAAGCAGUGCUAAUGUUGGCAAAAAUGGGGCAUCUGCCUCCGGUAAUAGCAGUGGCAACUCAAACGGAUAUGCUUCAUCAGGACCCACGGGAUCCAAUUCAAAUACAUCCAGCGGCAACUAUUCAGGAAGCAACGCUAAUGUUGGCAAAAAUGGGGCAUUUGCCUCCGGUAAUAGCAGUGGCAACUCAAACGGAUAUGCUUCAUCAGGACCCACGGGAUCCAAUUCAAAUACAUCCAGCGGCAACUAUUCAGGAAGCAGCGCUUAUGUUGGCAAUAAUGGUGCAUCUGCCAAUAGUUAUGGUAGUGGCAACUCAAACGGUAAUGCUGCAUCAGGACCCACGGGAUCCACUACAAAUACUUCCAGCAAUAAUUCUUCAGGAAGCAGUGCUAAUGUGGGCAACAAUGGUGCAUCUGCCAAUGGUUAUAGUAGUGGCAACUCAAACGGAUAUGCUUCAUCAGGACCCACGGGAUCCACUACAAAUACUUCCAGCAAUAAUUCUUCAGGAAGCAGUGCUAAUGUUAGCAAAAAUGGGGCAUCUGCCUCCGGUAAUAGCAGUGGCAACUCAAACGGAUAUGCUUCAUCAGGACCUACGGGAUCAAAUUCAAAUACAUCCAGCGGCAACUAUUCAGGAAGCAGCGCUAAUGUUGGCAAUAAUGGUGCAUCUGCCAAUGGUUAUGGUAGUGGCAACUCCAACGGUAAUGCUGUAUCAGGACCCACGGGAUCCAAUACAAAUAGUUCCAACAAUAAUUCUUCAGGAAGCAGUGCUAAUGUUGGCAAUAAUGGUGCAUCUGCCAAUGGCUAUGGUAGUGGCAACUCAAACGGUAAUGCUGCAUCAGGACCCACGGGAUCCACUACAAAUACUUCCAGCAAUAAUUCUUCAGGAAGCAGUGCUAAUGUGGGCAACAAUGGUGCAUCUGCCAAUGGUUAUAGUAGUGGCAACUCAAACGGAUAUGCUUCAUCAGGACCCACGGGAUCCACUACAAAUACUUCCAGCAAUAAUUCUUCAGGAAGCAGUGCUAAUGUUGGCAAAAAUGGGGCAUCUGCCUCCGGUAAUAGCAGUGGCAACUCAAACGGAUAUGCUUCAUCAGGACCCACGGGAUCCAAUUCAAAUACAUCCAGCGGCAACUAUUCAGGAAGCAACGCUAAUAUUGGCAAAAAUGGGGCAUCUGCCUCCGGUCAUAGCAGUGGCAACUCAAACGGAUAUGCUUCAUCAGGACCCACGGGAUCCACCACAAAUACUUCCAGCAAUAAUUCUUCAGGAAGCAGUGCUAAUAUUGGCAAAAAUGGGGCAUCUGCCUCCGGUAAUAGCAGUGGCAACUCAAACGGAUAUGCUUCAUCAGGACCCACGGGAUCAAAUUCAAAUACAUCCAGCGGCAACUAUUCAGGAAGCAGCGCUAAUGUUGGCAAUAAUGGUGCAUCUGCCAAUGGUUAUGGUAGUGGCAACUCCAACGGUAAUGCUGCAUCAGGACCCACGGGAUCCAAUACAAAUAGUUCCAGCAAUAAUUCUUCAGGAAGCAGUGCUAAUGUUGGCAAUAAUGGUGCAUCUGCCAAUGGCUAUGGUAGUGGCAACUCAAACGGUAAUGCUGCAUCAGGACCCACGGGAUCCACUACAAAUACUUUCAGCAAUAAUUCUUCAGGAAGCAGUGCUAAUGUGGGCAACAAUGGUGCAUCUGCCAAUGGUUAUAGUAGUGGCAACUCAAACGGAUAUGCUUCAUCAGGACCCACGGGAUCCACUUCAAAUACUUCCAGCAAUAAUUCUUCAGGAAGCAGUGCUAAUGUUGGCAAAAAUGGGGCAUCUGCCUCCGGUAAUAGCGGCGGCAACUCAAACGGAUAUGCUUCAUCAGGACCCAUGGGAUCCACUACAAAUACUUCGAGCAAUAAUUCUUCAGGAAGCAGUGCUAAUAUUGGCAAAAAUGGGGCAUCUGCCUCCGGUAAUAGCAGUGGCAACUCAAACGGAUAUGCUUCAUCAGGACCCACGGGAUCCAAUUCAAAUACAUCCAGCAGCAACCAUUCAGGAAGCAACGCUAAUGUUGGCAAAAAUGGGGCAUCUGCCUCCGGUAAUAGCAGUGGCAACUCAAACGGAUAUGCUUCAUCAGGACCCACGGGAUCCACUACAAAUACUUCCAGCCAUAAUUCCUCAGGAAGCAGUGCUAAUGUUGGCAAAAAUGGGGCAUCUGCCUCCGGUAAUAGCAGUGGCAACUCAAACGGAUAUGCUUCAUCAGGACCCACGGGAUCCACUACAAAUACUUCCAGCAAUAAUUCUUCAGGAAGCAGCGCUAAUGUUGGCAAUAAUGGUGCAUCUGCCAAUGGUUAUGGUAGUGGCAACUCAAACGGUAAUGCUGCAUCAGGACCCACGGGAUCCACUACAAAUACUUCCAGCAAUAAUUCUUCAGGAAGCAGUGCUAAUGUUGGCAAAAAUGGGGCAUCUGCCUCCGGUAAUAGCGGUGGCAACUCAAACGGAUAUGCUUCAUCAGGACCCACGGGAUCCAAUUCAAAUACAUCCAGCGGCAACUAUUCAGGAAGCAACGCUAAUGUUGGCAAAAAUGGGGCAUCUGCCUCCGGUAAUAGCAGUGGCAACUCAAACGGAUAUGCUUCAUCAGGACCCACGGGAUCCAAUUCAAAUACAUCCAGCGGCAACUAUUCAGGAAGCAGCGCUAAUGUUGGCAAUAAUGGUGCAUCUGCCAAUGGUUAUGGUAGUGGCAACUCAAACGGUAAUGCUGCAUCAGGACCCACGGGAUCCACUACAAAUACUUCCAGCAAUAAUUCUUCAGGAAGCAGUGCUAAUGUUGGCAAAAAUGGGGCAUCUGCCUCCGGUAAUAGCGGUGGCAACUCAAACGGAUAUGCUUCAUCAGGACCCACGGGAUCCAAUUCAAAUACAUCCAGCGGCAACUAUUCAGGAAGCAACGCUAAUGUUGGCAAAAAUGGGGCAUCUGCCUCCGGUAAUAGCAGUGGCAACUCAAACGGAUAUGCUUCAUCAGGACCCACGGGAUCCAAUUCAAAUACAUCCAGCGGCAACUAUUCAGGAAGCAGCGCUAAUGUUGGCAAUAAUGGUGCAUCUGCCAAUGGUUAUGGUAGUGGCAACUCAAACGGUAAUGCUGCAUCAGGACCCACGGGAUCCACUACAAAUAGUUCCAGCAAUAAUUCUUCAGGAAGCAGCGCUAAUAUAGGCAACAAUAGUGCAUCUGCCAAUGGUUAUGGUAGUGGCAACUCAAACGGUUAUGCUUCAUCAGGACCCACGGGAUCCACUACAAAUAGUUCCAGCAAUAAUGCUUCAGGAAGCAGCGCUAAUGUUGGCAAUAAUGGUGCAUCUGCCAAUGGCUAUGGUAGUGGCAACUCAAACGGUAAUGCUGCAUCAGGACCCACGGGAUCCACUACAAAUACUUCCAGCAAUAAUUCUUCAGGAAGCAGUGCUAAUGUGGGCAACAAUGGUGCAUCUGCCAAUGGUUAUAGUAGUGGCAACUCAAACGGAUAUGCUUCAUCAGGACCCACGGGAUCCACUACAAAUACUUCCAGCAAUAAUUCUUCAGGAAGCAGUGCUAAUGUUGGCAAAAAUGGGGCAUUUGCCUCCGGUAAUAGCAGUGGCAACUCAAACGGAUAUGCUUCAUCAGGACCCACGGGAUCCAAUUCAAAUACAUCCAGCGGCAACUAUUCAGGAAGCAACGCUAAUGUUGGCAAAAAUGGGGCAUCUGCCUCCGGUAAUAGCAGUGGCAACUCAAACGGAUAUGCUUCAUCAGGACCCACGGGAUCCACUACAAAUACUUCCAGCAAUAAUUCUUCAGGAAGCAGUGCUAAUGUUGGCAAAAAUGGGGCAUCUGCCUCCGGUAAUAGCAGUGGCAACUCAAACGGAUAUGCUUCAUCAGGACCCACGGGAUCCAAUUCAAAUACAUCCAGCGGCAACUAUUCAGGAAGCAGCGCUAAUGUUGGCAAUAAUGGUGCAUCUGCCAAUGGUUAUGGUAGUGGCAACUCAAACGGUAAUGCUGCAUCAGGACCAACGGGAUCCACUACAAAUAGUUCCAGCAAUAAUGCUUCAGGAAGCAGUGCUAAUGUUGGCAAAAAUGGGGCAUCUGCCUCCGGUAAUAGCAGUGGCAACUCAAACGGAUAUGCUUCAUCGAGACCCACGGGAUCCAAUUCAAAUACAUCCAGCGGCAACUAUUCAGGAAGCAGCGCUAAUGUUGGCAAUAAUGGUGCAUCUGCCAAUGGUUAUGGUAGUGGCAACUCAAACGGUAAUGCUGCAUCAGGACCCACGGGAUCCAAUUCAAAUACAUCCAGCGGCAACUAUUCAGGUAGCAACGCUAAUGUUGGUAACAAUGAAGCAUCUGCCAAUGGUUAUAGUAGUGGCAACUCAAACGGAUAUGCUUCAUCAGGACCUACGGGAUCCAAUACAAAUAGUUUCAGCAAUAAUUCUUCAGGAAGCAGCGCUGAUGUUGGCAAUAAUGGUGCAUCUGCCAAUGGUUAUGGUAGUGGCAACUCAAACGGUAAUGCUGCAUCAGGACCCACGGGAUCCACUACAAAUAGUUCCAGCAAUAAUGCUUCAGGAAGCAGUGCUUAUGUUGGCAAAAAUUGGGCAUCUGCCAAUGGAUAUGGUAGUGGCAACUCAAACGGUAAUGCUGCAUCAGGACCCACGGGAUCCACUACAAAUAGUUCCAGCAAUAAUGCUUCAGGAAGCAGCGCUAAUGUUGGCAAUAAUGGUGCAUCUGCCAAUGGUUAUGGUAGUGGCAACUCAAACGGUAAUGCUGCAUCAGGACCCACGGGAUCCACUACAAAUAGUUCCAGCAAUAAUGCUUCAGGAAGCAGCGCUAAUGUUGGCAAAAAUGGAGCAUCUGCCAAUGGAUAUGGUAGUGGCAACUCAAACGGUUAUGCUUCAUCAGGACCCACGGGAUCCACUACAAAUAGUUCCAGCAAUAAUGAUUCAGGAAGCAAUGCUUAUGUUGGUAAUAAUGGAGCGUCUGCCUCUGGUUACAGCAGUGGCAACUCAAACGGUUAUGCUGCAUCAGGACCCACGGGAUCCACUACAAAUAGUUCCAGCAAUAAUGCUUCAGGAAGCAGCGCUAAUGUGGGCAACAAUAGUGCAUCUGCCAACGGUUAUAGUAGUGGCAACUCAAACGGAUAUGCUUCAUCAGGACCCACGGGAUCCAAUUCAAAUACAUCCAGCGGCAACUAUUCAGGAAGCAACGCUAAUGUUGGUAACAAUGGAGCAUCUGCCAAUGGUUAUAGUAGUGGCAACUCAAACGGAUAUGCUUCAUCAGGACCUACGGGAUCCAAUACAAAUAGUUCCAGCAAUAAUUCUUCAGGAAGCAGCGCUAAUGUUGGCAACAAUGGUGCAUCUGCCAAUAGUCAGAGUAGUGGCAGCUCAAACGGUAAUGCUGGCAAUAUGGCCUCAGGUUUUGACGCUGACCGUUUCGCGACUGAUAAUGAUAAUUAUCAAAAUAACUUUUCUCCACUCCAGCCCCAGCCUGCUCCUAUCUAUAAUUAUAACGAUUUCAACGGAGAAUCCUAUAAAUCAUCUAGUUCACGUUCCCAAGAAAGUAGUAGCAGUAACGCAAGUGUUGAAAAUUAUGAAUCGAAUAACCAGAAUGGCAUCACUCAAUUUUAUUCAGCGAAUUCGAACAGUAAAACGCAAAACGAAAAUAAUUCUAAUAGUUUCGAAUCAGCAAGAACUGAUAAUGGCGGCAGCUAUCAAUAUAGUAGUAGUCAUAAUAACAACCUUAGUAACAGUGAAAGUGAAGUUGAGAACUAUACUUAUAGGCAACAAUCUUAA